AACAAAAAACACCAUUUCUCCAUUCACAAAUCUCUCCCACCCCAAACCCUAAAAUCACAAAAUCAUCAGAAUGGCACAAAAGGCAGAGAAGAAGCCAGCGGAGAAAGCACCGGCUGAGAAGAAGCCAAGGGCGGAGAAGAAAUUGCCGAAAGAAGGAGGAUCGGCCGCCACAGAUAAGAAGAAAAAGAAGGCAAAGAAGAGCGUAGAGACAUACAAGAUUUACAUAUUCAAGGUUUUGAAACAGGUUCAUCCGGAUAUUGGUAUAUCAAGCAAGGCUAUGGGUAUUAUGAACAGUUUCAUCAAUGAUAUAUUUGAAAAGCUUGCCCAGGAGUCAUCUAGGCUUGCUAGGUAUAACAAGAAGCCCACCAUUACCUCUCGGGAGAUCCAGACUGCUGUUAGGCUUGUUUUGCCUGGCGAAUUGGCUAAACAUGCUGUUUCUGAAGGGACUAAGGCUGUUACCAAGUUCACUAGCUCUUAGAUUUGUUUUUUAUUCUUUUUUUAUUUUUUAUUUUGGUUUUUAGAAUUGAAUUAGUUGAAAUUUGGGGAUCUAGAGUUUGUUUGUGAAUGUAAAGGUUUUAAAGUUCAACCUAAGGGAGUUAUUAAAUUCAGAAUAUUUCUUCUCUUAUGUUGAAUGUUAAAUGUUAAAAUAAGAUGAAUGAAGGAGUCCACUGCUCGAUUGUUUUGGAUCUCAAAA